ACCACGAAAGCAGCAGCCCAUCAUCUUUCGGAAUCGCUAUUGAAAUCGAUCAGAUUUACAGGAAAAAAAAAAAAAAAAAAAGAAGCAAAUCACAGAUUUACAAAAACCCUAAUCCCAUGUGAAAUCCCCAAGUUUACUUUCCAAUUAAUGUAACCAUGUAUUUAUGUUAACCUCUCAAAAUCUCAUACAAAUUUCAUAACGAAUCCUCCGUUUCCUCUCUCUCCCAAAAUUCACCGCCUGCCUGCAGAAAUCAGAGCUUUAGAGAGAGAGAGAAGGAGAAGGAGAAGGAGAAGGAGGAGGUGGAGGAGAAAUGCCAAGCGUCGCCGUCAAGUUGUACAGUGUCUUCUUCAAGUUGCUCUUGAAGCACCGUCUGCAGAAUCGGAUCCAAACCCAACAUGAUGAUUCUGAUCCCUUCGGAGUUACCACCAGACCUGAAGAGUCCGUAGCUGCUCCCAAUCCGUCCUUUGCCGAUGGCUUCGCCACUAAGGAUAUUCAUAUCGAUGCUUUUACCUCUCUCUCAGUGCGGAUCUUCCUCCCUGAGUCCGCUCUCAAUCCUCCUGAACCUGAUUCUAGGCCCCCAUCCAGAAUUAAAUCCAAGAGUAACCUUAAACGGCUCGAUCUCGAUCAAAAUGACAACACCACCGGCCUCAUCGCCAACCGUCACAACCAGAGUUGGCGUCGUAAUAGCGUUGGUCCCUCAGCUACAAACAUCAUCACGGGUUCAUCCCUCAGAGAAGAGUCUAGGAGGAACAGUUACGGUGGCAGCAAUGAUGUGGAGGCCUUUAAUUUUAAAUCGGACGGUGUUGGUGGAGUGUAUAGAGGAUACUCACCUUCCGUUGAUAACUCGCGUAAAUUACCGAUAAUGUUGCAGUUUCACGGUGGUGGGUGGGUGAGUGGGAGCAAGGAUUCGGUGGCUAAUGAUUUAUUUUGUAGAAGGAUUGCAAGAUUCUGUGAUGUGAUUGUGGUAGCCGUUGGAUAUAGAUUAGCGCCGGAGAAUAGGUACCCAGCUGCUUUUGAGGAUGGGAUGAAGGUUUUGAAUUGGUUGGCAAAGCAGGCGAAUUUGGCUGAGUGUAGUAAGUCCAUGGGGAAUGCCAAGGGUGGCACGGAGUUCAAGAAGGCUGACCUUCAACGGCAUGUUGUGGACGCCUUCGGAGCGUCCAUGGUAGAGCCCUGGCUUGCAGCACAUGGCGAUCCAUCCAGAUGUAUUCUACUUGGAGUAAGUUGUGGUGCAAAUAUUGCAGACUAUGUAGCGCGAAAAGCUGUGGAGGCUGGGAAGCUAUUGGACCCUGUUAAGGUUGUAGCACAGGUGUUGAUGUAUCCAUUCUUCAUUGGGAGCGUCCCCACGCAUUCUGAGAUAAAGUUGGCCAAUUCCUACUUCUAUGAUAAGCAGAUGUGCAUGCUUGCAUGGAAACUCUUCCUCCCAGAGGAAGAGUUCAGCCUUGACCACCCAGCUGCCAACCCUCUUGUCCCAGGCAGGGGACCUCCUUUAAAGCUCAUGCCUCCCACGUUGACAAUCGUGGCUGAACAUGACUGGAUGAGAGACCGAGCCAUUGCUUACUCUGAGGAGCUGAGGAAGGUGAAUGUUGAUGCACCAGUUCUGGAGUACAAGGAUGCCGUUCAUGAAUUUGCAACUCUUGACAUGCUUCUGAAGACCCCCCAGGCUCAGGCCUGUGCGGAGGACAUUGCCAUCUGGGUCAAGAAGUAUAUUUCAUUUCGAGGACACGAGUUUUCUUAUUGAGGGGAUAUCAUGUCAAGGAAAAGAUUGACAUCUGCGACUAUUGCAGCGGGAGAGUCAUUUGCCCAUGUCAUUUUACACGUGAGAGGACACUGGGCUGCACAGUUGGUCGGGGUUGUAGAAUAAGGGGUUCUAUAAUUAUUUCAUUUUUUUUCUCCUUCUGGGUUCUCACUUUUUUUGGUUUAUAACUUGUCCAGUUGAGUUCCUUUUUUGUAAGAUAUAGAACUUCUUUCUGAGAUUAGGGUUUAGGACCUCAUGACAUGAAAUUACAUGUUCGAGCUUGUGCCCUUUGAGACAUUCUUGUUGGAAUUUUCUCCCCUUGUAUUAAAAUGUACAAUUGCCCAUGAACGGAGAUUUAUCAAUGAAUGGCUCUCUUUUCCAGUUUGAAAUAUAAAUCUUUAAUUUAGGAAUGCCUUUAUUGCGUAGUGUUUAGACCAGGGGCAAAUAGAAGCUAGGCGGAGAUGUGCAAAUGCUUAUGGAAUCUUUUAUCGACUAUGGGAUUUGGAUUGGGAACAUCACCAAACUUAAUCCAAUGCAUAUAGCGUUUAAUAUUAUACAGUUAUAUAAGGAACAGUUGUCGGACCUCGUUUAAUCCAUAAUAAUCAGACAAAUUGAGCCAGCAUAUAAUGCCUGAUCUAGGUUGGAAGAGCUUAGUAGGCAGACAAUCAAUGAAACUCCAAAAGUGGAUAACAAAGCAACUUGUGGUAAUCUUUAUAUUUAAAGUUGCUGCAGCUAAUGGAAUUCAUAGUGCAUUUUGUUUUCUUCUGUGUUAACAGCCACUAAUUUGUUCUUUUCUCCUUGUAGGCUUUCUGUUACCAGGUUGUUGAUAGUCCCAUUCAGGUGUAUAAAUAUGUCCAAUUGCAUUGCACAAGAAAAUCGUGGGGCUUCAGUGCAUGUGAUCAGCCAAGCCUCACCACGGUUCUUGCCAUUCUCUUAUCAGGAGUAUGCAACUGAGAACCACCAAUAAGCCCAAGAGGAGGUUUGAGCUGAUACAGUGAAUGAUGAUGCAAAUUAAUCUGGCUGUUAUAAGAGAUGGGAGAGGCUCUGUUUCUUUGUUCCUUGCAUAUGCAGACGAGCGCAGCCGUGGCAUCAUUUUAGCAGCGCCCUCUUGGCUGCUACAAGCCUCAAUAUUGGAAGCACUUUGAGGGGGUUUGAGUUCAUUGUUGAAGACGUAGUAUGCCAUGGCCUUUGCUCAGCUAAUUUGGUGCCUCGUUGUUGAACGAGGGGCAGUGGUGAAUUAGCAAUCUAUUAGCAGUCUUCUCAAUUGUGGAAUAAAAGAUUUAAGGUGUUGCGCCUGAGGUAGCACUUGGGGCCAGGGGAAAAGUUACUGCUGAAUUCUGCUACUCAUGUACUUCAUCUAUGUUACAAAUAGCAGAAGCAGUCUGUGAAAACCAUUAGGUUGUGCUCAUUACUGUAGAUUAUUGUGGUGGUGGUUGUCUUUUGGGGCAACUGAAAAGAAAUAAAUGUCUCUUCUACUUUUUAA